ACACACAAACCCACACCACUCAGCACCCCCACAAACAAACCAUAUACCGGUAGACGAAAAUAAUAAUAAUACACGUUUCCAAAAUGGACACAGUAGACGCCUCAGCCCACUACUCCCAAACCAUCGAUGGUAUGAACAGCUUCCCCCCCCCCCCCCCUUCCACCAAACCAAACCAAACCACCCUAACGGUUCCCAGAAAAACCCUCCCUAUUAGUCCUAAUCCUGGACACAAACCCAUACGCCUGGUCCACCCUCUCCGCAACGCUCCCAUUAGAGCGCGCUCUAGCCUCCAUCCUGAUCUUCCUAAACGCGCACAUGGCCUUCUCGCACGCGAAUCGUGUGGCGGUGAUCGCAUCGCAUACGAAGUCUGCUCGUUUCCUCUACCCCACCACUACCACUGCUGCUGCCGCUGCUGCUAGCGGCGGUAGCGGUGGUGGGAAUAGUAGUAAUAGUGAAGACCCACUCCGCGACGCAAACAAGUAUCGCCAGUUCCGCAUAAUCGAGGAUCAAGUCCAGGCUUCGUUCGCUGAGCUCAUGAACCAGACGACGGCUGGCGAAUUGGUGGAUGCGAAGGAGACUAUGAUGGCUGGUGCGCUGGGGCUCGCGUUGGGGUAUGUUAAUCGUUUGGUUAGGGUUGAUGAUGGUGGCGUCUUGGGUGGUAAGGGUGGUGCUGGUGUUGGUGGGAAGGUGGGGACAACGGCAGCGGUGGCGGGAGCUGCCGGGGAGGUUACUAGCAUGAAUGCUAGAAUCUUGGUGGUCAGUGUUUCCGGGGACCUGGCGGAGCAGUAUGUUCCUGUUAUGAACUCGAUAUUCGCGGCGCAGAGGAAGGUUUGUUUGUGGCCCGUGGGAUGGAUGGAUAGCUAACGGGGGCAAGAAAAUACCAAUUGAUAUAUGUAAAGUCGCUGGCGAAACCGUGUUUUUGCAACAGGCGUCGGAUACUACUAGGGGUAUAUACAUGCAGCUGGAACAUCCCGAGAGUCUUCUGCAGUACUUGAUGGUCCGUCACCACCCCCAUACACCUCGACGGACUCGGUAGCUAACGUUUUGAUCUGAUAGAUGUGCUUUAUCCCGGACACCGCUACUCGUCGCCAUCUGGUCCCACCAACGCAGAUUAACGUGGACUUCCGUGCAGCGUGCUUCUGUCACAAAGAUGUGGUGGAUAUUGGGUUUGUGUGCUCGAUAUGCCUGUCAAGUAAGUCCUCCCUGUUUCUCCUUGUUUUUAGGAUCCGGUUGGGUAGGAAGGGGGCAGAGUGUAAACAGUGAAAUGCGGAUGCGGAGGAUGUUUCGGCUUUUGUAGUCUCGUGGCCCUGGAGGUCGGGCGGGGUGGUCUUGCUUCAUUGGAUGUUCCGCACCUUUACGGGACAAUCCCUUGUGUUGGUCGAAACCCGCGAGCAAUAUUCACCAAACACGGGAACCGGAAGCUCCGGAAAAAAAAACUGCCCCCUCUCAAAACCCGUCUCCUCGAAUAUCUUGCUCGUGGCAACGUUACUUGCUCUAUCUUAUGCACGCUUCUGAGCGCUAAUGCCCAUAAUCGCCGCUUGGCUGGUCUUUAUACAGUCUUCUGCACCCCACCCGAAGGCGCCAUCUGCACGACAUGCAACACCAAACUCGACAUCUCCGCCCUUGGGAACUUCGGCGGAAAGCCCGCUGUGGUAUUGACAAAAAAGAAAAAGGCAAAAAAGCUAAAGCAGUCGAAAGCCACCUCCUUUUCGAACGAGGCAUCUGCCACUAGUACUCCAGGAACUCCAGCUUCGUAG